AACAUGCAGAGGAGCAAACAGGUAGCCAUGGGCAGGAAAAAGUUCAAUAUGGAUCCUAAAAAGGGGAUCCAAUUUUUAAUAGAGAAUGACCUAUUGAAGAACACUUGUGAUGAUAUUGCACAGUUCCUGUACAAAGGUGAAGGGCUCAACAAAACCGCUAUUGGAGACUACCUGGGUGAAAGAGAUGAGUUUAAUAUCCAAGUCCUUCAUGCUUUUGUGGAAUUGCAUGAAUUCACUGAUCUUAAUCUUGUCCAGGCAUUACG